AUGGAGAAUAAUCACAUCGACUUGCCCUCAUCGGCGGCGUCGAUCGAACGAGCCACGUCCGCGUGCCACGUCAUUCUAUCAACACCACCGGACGACGGUUGGACCCCGCAUGUGCACCGAUUAACAUGGACGCAGCAAUUUCCCCAGAAAUUGCUCCAUGUACCUCAUGGAGAAACUUUACCCCAUGGAACAACAUCACUCAGUCGCUCUGUGUCGUCGCCGGUGCCGCUGCAACCAGACUCGCUCCAGACAAGGCACUUGGUGGCGCCCGAAAUGCGGCUGGUGCUGGGCAGCCUUGUAGGUCGUGCUCCCAUCUCAUUGGUCGAUUCAUGUCCAAACAACAGCGUCCACGUGGCCGUUCGUGUGCCUGGGGUCCCGCACCCCUUGUGGCCUCAAUCUACCACGUUCAACGAUGCCGUGGACACGACCGCGCCGUUGCAUGCAUUGCACACCAAGUUGCUCGGCAACGUCAGCCAUCGGUACACUGUGCCCGACACAACGCCGCCAUUCGGCGUGGCUAGUGUCGAGUACUUGAAGCAGGAAAACUUUGACGAAAAUCGACAAUAA